UAUCGCAAUACCAUCAGUUCAGGCAUUUGUUUUCAUUCCUUCAAGCAGUGUGUCAUCAACCUGUUAGCCGUCUGACUCGAUAGAGCAUACCAUAUCCGUAGUUUUGCAGUUCCGAUCAACCGCCUUACUCCAUUGUUGUUAUUGCAUCACCGCAUGUGAAAGUUACCGUCUUAAGCGAACCAACCAACGAAAGAAGAAGCUUACGAUAAACGAAAAAAGAUGGCUGCGGAACCACCAGCGCCGCUGGAAGAUAAGGGCUAUUUUCGGCGAUUUUGCGAUUACAUGAGCCACGAUACCAAAGGAGUCGAGAUUGCGACUUAUACGGUAUCUGGAAUUUUAUUCGUCGUCGCAUAUAACAAAAUCCGACCUAUAACCCGCUUUGCCAAAGCGUCGGACAUCCCGAAGCACUUUGUCCGCGAGCAAAUCCCUCAGUACGGCCGCGUCACCAAGAUCGAACCGUCGAUCCAGUCCGGCCCUCUGCUGAUCGUGAAGCAUCGUCCCCCGCUGAACCUAAUCUUCUGGUCCAACAAAACGCUCCCGGUCAAAAUCGCCGGGGUGGACCUCAACGCCAACGGGUACUCUUGGCUCCAGACCGUGGUCCUCAAUCGGCAGGUUACUUUUGUUCCGGUGAAAACCGAAACCGGCAAGGAUUACGCCGAAUGCAGUGUGUACUUCAACGAGCUGUCUUCGGACAAGAAGUGGCUCCGGAAGGUCGAUCUGGGUCAGGCCCUUCUUCAGUUGGGAUUCGCAAAAUUGAGCGCUCCGGUGCCGCGAGUCAAGCUGACCAGUAAGGAUCCGUACGAGAAGCAGGUGCACGCAUACUUCCAGAAGUUGGCCAACAGCGAGAGUAAGGCCAAGGAUCGUCGGGUGGGACUUUGGCAACAUACUCUGCCACCGAAAGUACUUCCCGCGAGAUUAUGGCAAUCCAUGUGGGACGGCUUGUCCCAACGUCUGUCUCCCCAGUCGCAUCGCGUUCCCGAACUGGUACGAUGAAUAUGCCAGCAGAAGAAGCAUGUGCAAUCGAAAAACCACGCCGAGGCAUCUGCCCUUCGCCAAACAAGCGCAACAAAUCAAACGAGAAUGUGGCCCAUUAGCUUGGUCACUGCUCGUUUUUUAUCGUAAAAUGACAACUUGUUACCGUUUUGAAUAGUAUUUUUUUUUCUUUGAGUUUCUAAGAAGUGCCUGAAUAGAGAGCACGCGUUUGAAGAGAUAAUCAUCGUCUUUUGGAGGCGUGUCGAAUUAGCGCCGUCAUUGUCCGAGUUGUGGUCAGUGCUGUAGAAAAGUGAGCCGAAAAAAAAAUAGAAACUAGUGGCGAUAGCGUUGAAUGAAUACAUGUUUGCUGUUGAAUUAGUCCUUUAUAUUGAUUUAUUUUGUAUUCAUAGGAGUAAUGAUGUUUCGAUCCGGUUAAAAAAAAAUCCGAUUCACUAAUAGAAACUGCUUUUGGAAAUGAUCAUUUGAAGGCACACGCAAGCUGAUGAAUAAACCAAUUGUUGAGAGAGAGACUGAGCAAUACCAUCAA